AUUCCACCAUCCUAAUUGUAAACGACUGUUGCUACUCGCCCCUCUCUUCUUCCCAUCCUUCUCCCACCAAAGGGGUUUUUCUUGAAGAAACAGGUGUUCCCAUGCUGUCCGGAAUUAAAGUGGGCAAGAAGAAGAAGAAAACGUCCGAGGCACAGCCGUCUUGGACGGCAACACCAUCGGCGGCAUUGCACGUUUCGACGGCGCAUCGUUGUGACGCUGCGACGGGCGUAGCGGUGACCGACCAAGCCGUCGACACGAACACAUCCGUAGCCGACUUGUUGCGACAAAGUCUGGCUUCCGGGACGUUCCUGACCGACACUCAAUCCGGCGCGACGAAGUACAAGGGGGAACGGGAAACGCCACCGCAAUCCUCCGAUACGCAAGCACCGCAACAAUUACAACAGCAGCAGCAGCAGCAGCAGCAGCAGCGGCGACUACCAGAUUUGGAACGCCGGGGUCGGAUACAAUCGACGUGGGAAUCUGGAAAGAAAUCAUCGCCGUCGCAGAAUACCCACGAGGAUUCCCAUUCCCUCAUUCUCCUUCCCACCAGGGCGAGUAUCACUGUCGGCACCAAGUCCGAUGAAGCCAAUAUGACGGUGGAAGAAUUGGCGGUGGCCGAACGAGGCUGCAAUUUAUCCACCAACGAAAUUGCUUCCCGUAACGUUAUGCGUAUCGGCAAAAAACGCAAACUCAAGCACAAUGCGGAUAGUGACGAAGAAGAACAACGACAGCUAUCCUACCUCAACCAAUCACACGGAGCCGACAGCAAAAAGGCUUCGCAACGAUCGCACACGCGGCAAUUGGCGGUCCACGAUCAGCAGUCCAAGAUAACCGCCAAGUGUUGGUGGUGGAUGGAAUCAUCGCGUUUUCCCCGCCACCGCCUGAUUGCCCUCGGCGACUUUGUAGCGCUGGUCGCCGCACCACCAGCAUUGUCCCUCACACCGGGCAAACACUUUUACUUGGUCCCCAUUCCACACGCCGAAUCACUCACUACCUGUGACAAUGACGUCUGGGACGAACUCAUCCGCUUCCAAACCAGCCUCCGACAGACAUUUGCCGCCGAAGGCGAACACGUGCUCUUUUGCGAAACCGUCUUACCCCAACACACUACGUCCUUCUGGCAAACCAAGUUGGAGGCAAUCGUGGUUCCUAGAAAUGUCGGACUCGACGCACCACUCUAUUUCAAAUCAGCACUAACGGAACAAGCCCAGGACUGGGGCACGCACCAAAAACUCCUCAAGACGGCGGAGAAGGGUUUGCGGCGCACAAUCCCGCAGAAUUUUGCCUAUUUUUAUCUAGAGUACGGACCUCACCAUCAAGGGUACGCAUUAAUGAUCGAAACGCAAUCCUUUCCGAAAGAUUUGGGAGUGGAUACGAUUGCCGGCAUGAUGCAGCAAGUUCCGAUACGCAUGCGCCGCCGCUCUUCCGAACCGUCCGUCGAACAGGAACUCCGGUUGAUCGAGGCGUUCUUGCAACG